CAAUCGUGUGCUCAGAAAGUAGGAAAUGGGGUUUUGUUGUUAAACGCUUGUCGGAUCAUGGAGACAGUUAGCUAGAAAAACUACACUUAUAUAUUUUACCUUCUGUCUUCUGUUGAAAACAACAAUUUGGUCGACAUCUAUAGGUUAAAACACCAGCAGCGCCAUGAUAGACGACUUUGACAACCAGGAGGUUCGGUCCAGUGGGGAGCUUUGGACGGAGAUCUGCUCCGGUUUGCCGGGAGCUCCAACCGAAACAGCCGUGGAGAACGAGUCGGAGUUCAGGGACUCAUUCUACCCGGAAACCCAAGAAGGAGAUCUCCAAAAUGGACUGACAAAUAGAACCAGCAAUGGUUCCUCCGGUGCUGCCUGGGAACCCAUGGAGGACUCAGAGACUUACAUCGCCAGUUUAGAGAACCGCCUGAAGAAGAUAAAGGGUCAGUCAGGUGAUGUGACCUCCAAGGAGAUGCUGCGCUCCCUGUCUCAGGCCAAGAAGGAAUGCUGGGACAGGUUCCUGCACGACGCCCAGACCUCCGAGCUCUUCCAAGGGGGUGACAUGGAUGAGAGCGCUCUGGAACACUUCAAGAGGUGGCUGAUCCCGGAGAAAGUGGCCAUCAGCGCAGAGGAGCUGGAAUACCUCCUGAGGCCGCCGCAGAAACCGGAGCCGACGGAGGCCAAUCAAACGCGAAGCGAGGAGGAAACGGAGGAGCCGCACGGCUCCGACAAAGACGAUGCUCUGAGCCCAGAAAAAUGAAACAGCUUCAAAGCAGAACUCUGGAAGAAAUCUGUUGGUCCUACUUUCACUUUGACAAUUCAUCACCCACCCUUAUGGCAUUUUUUUCACCUCCAAAAGCUGCUCUUUCUGUUCGUCUCCUAACCUCAUUACUCCUCUGUGGAACUCCAAGUAUGUCUGUCUUAUAAGAGACAGUCGUUUAACAUCAUUUUCUUUGAAGAAGGUGUUCUAAAUCAGAGCCUCACAUGCAGUACCAUGUUACAAAUGAAGCUUACAGAGAAGGAAACUGUUCAUCUUUUUUAUUUUAACGGUGAUAUCAGAAGUUGUGCAGACUGUAAUAUAAUCCAGUAAAUAUUAUUCCAUUAUCAAAUCUAUAUUGUUGUUAUCGUGUCACAAAAAGCCUGAAUGCUAAGUUUUUCCUGGUUUGUAGAUGUAGCUGCUUCAUUUACAGGGUGUUUAAAGUGUUGAAACUCUAUUAAACCAUAAUUUUGUGGAUUAAA